UCGCCAAUUUGACGUCACAGUCGAUAAUCAAUUUUAGGGAAAUUGACAAUUUAAUGUAUUAGAAUCCAAAUCUCGCUCUCAUACAAAGUGGUGAUGAACAUAUUCUAGCAUUAGAUGGAUGAAAAGGCUGGUAGCUCACUCGAGAGAGUAGAUUUGCUGGAAGAGGGCCAUGGUAACAAUCAGAAAGAAGGGAAUGGUGACAAAAGAUAUGGACUGCUGAAAAAGAGGAAGUCAAGUGACGACAAAGAGGACGCUAAUUCGGACGCUAGACUCGGACGUCUUGGGCGUUGGCUUAUCAAAUCAAAGCAUGUUCCAAACCUGGCCUUACGAUUGGACGGGCCAGACCAGUCACGUGAUCAAGAAGAAGAGGAAUGCUCCCAGGAUUCCCCGCGCCCCUCUCAACAACAAGCAGAGGGAGACUCUCUAAGGCCAUGCGGGGGUUCUCUGAACCUCGCCUCACAAUAUGACAACACUGAGGGGAGUCCCCAAGACGAGAUAAGAUGCUCUUCUAAGCGUAGACGUUCACCUAGCCCGAGGGGAGGAGGGGUAAGGAUUCAAUCUGAAGAAUGCAAAGAAGAACCAGAGCAACUAGGCAGUGAAAUGAAGGAACUAAGGGGCGAGUCUCCGCACAUGCGCAGUUGCUCGGAUGAUCAUAACGAAGACGAGUGGUGGUCAGAGCGAAGGAAUGGCGGGAAAUGGGCAAAUUAUGUGCUCAAGCUACCACACUACUUGUUGUGUGACCCAGGACGUAUGGAGAGGGUAUUUAUACAAGCCAAUCAGCGAACAACGGAGUUUCCCACUAAGCCUAUCAACUCAUACGCGCUUGCGCAGUCGCUACUAGAGUACGUGAUGGUCGACCCAGACCCCGAGUCAGAAGAAGUGUCAGUAGAACUACCACGUGUGAAGAGCGCAUGCGUGCUAGAGACACACCCGUGCGCUGUAGUCAUGGAAACACCAGCACCAUUCCCAAAGAUCCACUAUUUUCAGAUUGAAGGCAGUCACAAAUGGAUGGACGAAGAAAUGCCACCAACCUUCCCGAACACUAUUAUGGGCCUAUCAAGCAGGAUUUUUGGUAAACGGAUGAGCCGCGAGGAGUACGAAGACGAAGAUUCUGUUUCGCCCUUCCGAGAGGAAUACGACAGUGAUUUUAGCGAGUGCGAUUGUUGAGGAAACCCCGACAAAAAAGAAAAAAGGGAAAUAGCCCACGAUAGCCACUAUAUUCCAAGCGACAGAGAAUGUCAAUCAUAUAAUUAACAAAUAAAAAUGUUGGCCGAAAUA